GAGAGAGAGAGACAGAGAGUAAGUGUGUGCAUGUGUGAGAGACAGAGAGUGUGUGUGUGUGUGAGAGAGAGAGAGAGAGAAAAAGAGAGAGAGUGAGUGAGUCAAUGAGUGUGUGCAUGUGUGAGAGACAGAGAGUGUGUGUGUGUGUGUGUGUGUGUGAGAGAGAGAGAGAGAGAGAGAGAGAGAGUGAGUGUGUGCAUGUGUGAGAGACAGAGUGUGUGUGUGUGUGUGUGAGAGAGAGAGAGAGAGUGUGUGUGUGUGAGAGAGAGAGUGAGUGUGUGUGUGUGUGUGAGAGAGAGAGAAAAAGAGAGAGAGAGUGAGUGAGUCAGUGAGUGUGUGUCUGAGAGAGAGAGAGAGAGAGUGUGUGUGUGCAUGUGUGAGAGACAGAGAGUGUGUGUGUGUGUGUGUGUGUGUGAGAGAGAGAGAGAGAGAGAGAGAGAGAGUGAGUGUGUGCAUGUGUGAGAGACAGAGUGUGUGUGUGUGUGUGUGAGAGAGAGAGAGAGAGAGAGAGUGAGUGUGUGUGUGUGUGUGUGUGAGAGAGAGAGAGAAAAAGAGAGAGAGUGAGUGAGUCAGUGAGUGUGUGUCUGAGAGAGAGAGAGAGAGAGAGAGAGAGUGUGUGUGUGUGUGUGAGAGAGAGAGAGAGAGAGAGAGUGUGUGUGUGUGUCUGAGAGAGAGAGAGAGAGAGAGUGAGUGUGUGUGUGUGUGUGUGAGAGAGAGAGAGAGAGAGAGAGUGUGUGUGUGUGUCUGAGAGAGAGAGAGAGAGAGAGUGAGUGUGUGUGUGUGUGUGUGUGAGAGACAGAAUGUGUGUGUGUGUGUGUGUGUGAGAGAGAGAGUCAGUGUGUGUGAGAGAGAGAGAGUCAGUGUGUGUGUGUGUGUGUGUGUGUGUGUGAGAGAGAGAGAGGGAGAGUCAGUGUGUGUGUGUGUGUGUGUGUGUGUGUGUGUGUGAGGCAGGAGGUGAGGCUGUGCGCUGCACGCGCGCGGGUGUGUGUAAUGCUCCUGCUCCUCUUCAGUCUCGGCUGCAGUGUUUGUGCCUCAGCGGCUCAGUGUCCAGCGGCUCGGUGUCCAGCGGCUCAGUGACCAGCGGCUCGGUGACCAGCGGCUCAGUGACCAGCGGCUCGGUGUCCAGCGGCUCAGUGACCAGCGGCUCGGUGUCCAGCGGCUCAGUGACCAGCGGCUCGGUGACCAGCGGCUCAGUGUCCAGCCUGCUCAUGUCCUCUCAUUUCGCUUUAUCGCGAACUUUGCGCAGAACCGGGAGCUUCCCUUCUGCCAGAACAGUCCGGAUUGUGAUCCUGGGACAAGGUGCAGUCGGAAAAACAGAGACCAUCUACAGACAUGAGUUGGCUAUUGGGGGUGAAGCUGUGAACUUUGAGAUCCUCGAUACUGCAGGACAGGAGGAAGAUGCGCUGCUGAUGGAAGAGAAAAUUAAAUGGGCCGACGGCUUCCUCGUAGUUUACUCUGUCACUGACCGCUGUAGCUUCGAUGAAGUCAUGCGCCUGUGCUUCCUGGUUAAUCACAUCCACAGCAGAAGAAGCUGUCCUGAUCUUCCACCAGUCAUCAUCGUAGCUAAUAAAAAAGACCUGGAGUUUGACAGGAUGGUGUCGGUAGAGGAGGGUGAGAGUUUAUCACACGGCCUCAAACUUCCUCUGCGUGAGAUUUCUGUUCGUGAUGGUUGGGAAGAAACGGCCGGUGUGUUUCAUGCGCUCUACACAGACAUAGUGCAGCAAAUGGACAAAUCGCCUCCUUCCUUCCGAAGACGUGGUGUCUCCAGACUGAUGGACAAAAUUCCCAGAAUUCACUCCAACGCGGCUCUGGGAUCCACAGGCCGUAGUUUCAGCUUCAGUUCAUUCAGAGACCUGCUGCCCGACUGAGAAGUGGGAAGCCUGGGCAAAAAAAGAUGUCUUUCAUUAAUGGCUUUUAGUCAUAAAUGUUGUAGGCUAAAAAAGGAACUCUGCAAGCUCUGCUUUCUUGAUUUUGGACAUAAAAGGACCGAUAAGCUGGAGACAUUAAACAUCAAAGUUAAGAAUAUUUCCAUGAGAAAAACACGUGUUUAUUCGAUAGGAUAUCUUUCAUGAAUGAUGGAACUGUUAAAGCAGGAAGGUCAAUAUGAUUGGGGGGCACUAAAGUAGGAGAAAUUAUACAGUUAAUAUGAUUCUAUUAAACUUUAACCUACUCUCAGACAUUCACCAUAAAUUCACUGGAGAGUAUUCAGAAACACAUCUUUUGUUAAUGACUAAUUCUAACUUUCGUGCCUUGAGGAACAAUUGUCUGUGCUCUGAGCUCCAGUGCAUGUUUCUCCUCUUUUCAGCUUUCACACCCGUACAAGUAUGUAGUGUUUCGGAUUGCUUGGUUUAGGUGUAUUAGGAGCUGGGAUGGUGCAAAAAUGUAGACGUUCUGGUACCUUAAAACCUGGUUUGGGAAACUUUUGUGUUUUGAGGAACAUCAUUAUCUUGUGCAGGAGGUGCCACCAAAAUAUAACUACUACAUUUCUGAUCAUUUAUUUUCAGAAAUGAUCAGUCAUAUAAAAGAGAAAAAAAAACGGCAUGACAUCCAUUAUUUUAAGGCAUGGGUUUACAAACGAGUAUUUCAGUGACAGUAAUGUUAAUGCCUUUUGCUCAUAAAUGUUUGAGUGUCUUUCCAAAGGCAUCGGAAUGAGCGUCGUAUUGCAACUGAGCUGAACGUAGCACCAAAAUAAUUCCACCAUCAAAAUCACUAAUUCGCAUAGCUGAGAUAGGACAUCAUCACUGCAUGUUAAUGCAAGGUGUAAACAGCGACUUAUGAAAAAAAAAAGGAUUCAUUGGCUAAUUAUGGAUUUUUAGCUUUCAAGAAAGGGUUCUACUUGGAAACACUGCUGUCAGGUUCUACAUAGAACCUUUCAGAUGUCCCCUGGAUGGGGUAACCAAAGAACCCUUAAAAGUAAAAGUAUAAUAUUGAAUAAAUGUUUUGCAAAAGUCAUAAUUGACAAAAUGUUCUGGUCUAUGAGACAUCUUAGAUUCAUGUCGUUUAAUCAGGUCAUUAAUUUGGGCUCCUGCUGUACUUUGGGGCCUUGAGGAACAUUUCUGCAUGCUUUUAGCUCUUUUUUGUGUGAAGAAAACACACAAGUAUAAUUUGAUUUUGGACUUGGAAGUGAAAGGACAGAAUCCUGACAGCGAAAUUGGGCAUGUGGGAAAAAUAGCAUGAGGAGCUUGAUUCAAACCACACAUGCCAUGUGAGGUGUUUAUGAAUGUGUCAAAACUAAAAGGGUGAAAUAUAACCUUUAUCUUUCAAAAGUGCACUGUUGUUCAACAAACUGUAAGCAAUCAACAGUUAGCAUCAGGUUUAGCAUCACCUAAUAAAAACACACUGAUCACAGAGGAACAUCAGCAACACGCAGGUGGAAUGUACAUCUUAAUGACCUGAUACACUGGCAGCUUUUUGAUGCAGCAUUGCUUAGUAGCCUGACUUGUAAUGAUUAUGAACAACGGUAGCACCUGUUUAAUGAACUGAAAUAAAAUGUUGUGAAGUCA